AAGGGGUUUAGUUGGGGUUUAAGCGGAUAUGAGUGAUGGCGUCUCCGUUGUGCUUUGGCGAUCCAUACCAGAAGGCAGCAGAAGAACUUAGUAAUGGAUAUUUGUGCAACCGUAGAUGGACGACGAUGAUUCAUCGAUCGGUGACACUCUCGGACUUCGUAUUAGUGGUGCUCAUGGUGGAUCGAGAAUGUGAUGACUGGACUUCUUGACGGACUUUUCCACUUGUCACUGCCCUUGCCUCGCCUUCUUAAUAUCAGACUGACGGAAUUUUGAUAUCCUGGCUCUGCCGAUGACAAGUGAGAUUGACACAUAGAUUGUGGAAAUCGUAAGAGGGUCCGGAUUAACAAUUAAACUCGACGGCUAGAACGAGUGAAUAUUGUUCUGUACUUCGUUCGUAGUUGUGGUGGUGAGGCGGGGCGUUGUAUGAGUCGGGGAUCGUCGGUAUGCAGGUGAAGAAGGCCUGCGAGAGCGUGGGGGUGAAAAUGUCGCUAAUGAAUCGACUGAGAAGUAUGAAGCUGAAGCGCCAACAUUCGUUCGAGGAUGAGAAGGACAUGGAGGCGACUGCACCUUCUGCUGCCCAGCGCAGCAGGACGGCCGUUGGGCUUUUUCUGGGCUGGGCAUUUGUAUCUUGGCUGGGCUACGACACGGGAACCGGCGAUGCCGCUCUCGCCACAACUGCAGCGUUUUUCGGAAAUGCUCGUCUGCUGUCUGAAUACUAUCCGCCGAGACGGAUACACGAGAGUCUGUUUCAUAGCAGAGAACUUCAUAUAUCCAAGGGUGGUGAGAAUACUACUUAUGCAGAUGAGUUGUGGAACUCACCAGGUAGUCAGGGAUGGAAACCUUGUGUGAAGCCCCAGGUAGUCCAAAAAGCACCUACAAAUAAUGGAUAUUUCCAGGUCUUCUGCACGGGUGGUCUUUUCCAGCUGCAUAUAUGUGUUACCAACGCCGUUGCAGUGGCGAAGAUGUUGAAUGCAACUCUAGUGGUUCCUUAUUUUCGAGAUAGUGGCGUUUGGAACGAUUCCAGCAAAUUUCAUGACAUCUACGACAUCGAUCACUUCAUUUUCUCCUUAAAAGAGUACUUGCCAGUGGUCAGAGAUCUACCGGUGGAUCUGGACUGGAGCACGCCAGAGUACAAUGACAAAUGCGAGAAGCGACCCACGUGCAUAACUUAUAUCCCCAAACACUCCAAUCAGGAAUGGUACUUGGAAAACGUGUUGCCAGUUAUGCAAAGUUAUGGUCUUGCAGCCACCCGGAAGUAUCACCAUAAACUUACAUUCGACGACUUGCCUCUGGAAGUUGUCAAGCUUCGUUGCUUUACAAACUUCAUUGCUUUGAGAUUUGUUCCUUCUCUACGUGAGCUGAGCGAGAAGCUUGUUGAACGAAUCAGAGCUAAAGCGAAACUAGCAGCCUUGACGAAGGCAAUCGUUGACGCAACAACUGCUUCCCGGUCCUCAUCUGUUGAGCCCAGCCAGAAGCCAGCGCAAAAGAAGAAGGGAGUGUCACAUCAUCAUAAGAGGAGGUUGCUGGCAAAUAAGAGUGCAUCGAAGAUGCCAAAUGCUGGAAGAUUCCUUGGACUCCAUUUACGGUUUGAAAAAGACAUGAUUUCACAUUCAGCGUGCUACUACGACGGAGGCACGGCAGAGCGAAAAGCACUCUCUGCAUAUCGCAGAUCUCUAUUUCAGAAUAGGGCAGAGAAGGCUCAGUUCCAUUCCACUUACCUUCGCAUGAAUGGAAGCUGUCCUCUUUCACCCGAAGAGGCAGGCCUUCUACUAGCAGGUCUUGGAUACGAUAACAGCACAAUCAUAUACAUGGCCGGAGAGUCUGUGUAUGGUGGAGAGGCGAGGCUGAAACCUUUGCGAGAUCUCUUUCCUUUACUUGAAACUAAGGAGAGUUUGGCUGCUGAGGAAGAGCUGAGACCUCUCAAAACUCAUGGGCUCCAACUAGCUGCUCUUGACUUCCUCGUCUUGCAAAAAAGCGACGUGUACAUGUCAACUGCUGCUGGAAACUUCCCUAAUGUCCUGACUGGCCAUCGAACCUUCUUCGAUUUCAGGAAGUCUAUACAUCCAGACAAGGCAACCUUGGCGAAUCUGCUCACCUCAAAUGUUACCUGGAGCGAGUUCUCUAAACAAGUAAGAGAAUCACAUUCGGAUAGACUUGGUGCAGCUACCCUGAGAAAGCCAAAAUACUCGGUAUUCAGAUAUCCAAUCCCUGACUGCAUGUGCCAAAACGACAAUACUCUCAUUCCGCAGUAACAAAAAGUGUUUCAUUUAUCUACAGACAUCCGAUGUGUAUAUCAUUCAUUAGGAUCUGAAGACUGCACAAAAGCUAGCCUUGUGCCACUGAUACAAUAGGGGAAUGUGCCCGUUUCUGAGACUUAAUUACUGCCGGGAGAACUUAAGGAAUUGGAGGCCCAAUAACCCACAGUUAAUUAUGAGAGACGGUUCUGAUCUGCCCUAGUCAUCGCGAUAUCAGCUAGAAGCUCGGCUUUUUGAGCCAGUACGAAGGAGGGACGGUUUAUAGGGAAGCCAUAAUAUACCACCAUUACUUCUGUACCCACAAUCGUUGUCCUCGGUCCUCUGUCGGCUCCAACCGAAUGGACGAAUUCCGUUAAUCACAAAACUGCCACUAUUUGAUUUGGAAGGUAACAAGCAAGUCCUCCUUGUACUUCCAAAAUAUUUGAUUCACAAACCCAAGGUUGUUCCACCGGCUGAUCCUACACUACCUGAAUUACCUGUUCGAAGAUCCUGCAGACUCAGCGAUUGUGAACAUUUACAAGGCCAGGAGCAGAUGGUACAGAGUACUUAACGCGGGUCGAGGAAGGAAUCUUCUUGGCCUCUUGUAAGGCUGGUUGGCGAGAGACAUGAAUAAAUAGAAUUGACUUAUUAAGCGCUC